AUGCUACAUGUGGUUCAAGUAGAUAAUUUAAAUGUACGACCAUUGCCAAGACGUCAAGAAAGCCAAGGACGGAGGACUGCUUGCUCAGAGAGCAGUCAUCCAACUGCACAAGAUGAUGGAAAUAGAUGGAGUUCUCCAGCGUAUACUACUGAAGAUAUCCCAUGCCCCUCAUAUGUUAUCCCCAUGUUAUCUGGGGUGAGUUGUGGAGUAAUAGAAGUUGGGAAGGUUUUUGAGAACAAGUUAGAGUUGAAGACGAAGGCACACUUGUAUGCAAUGAAGCAGAACUUCGAGUUUGUGGUGAAGAAGUCAGAUUUUGUCACUGAGGAAGAUCUAUUCAAAUAUUGCUUUUUCUCACUCGGAGUUAGUAGAAGAGGGUUUCAUACAUGUCGUCCUGUGUUAUGUGUGGACGUCACUUUUUUAAAGACAAAAUACGGUGGGCAGAUGUUAUGUGUAGUCGUGCUGGAUGCAAAUAACCAUCUAUAUCCAGUUGCAUUUGGUAUUGUGGAUAGUGAGAAUCAUGAUUCUUGGAAGUAUUUCAUGUCAAAGCUAAAGGAAGCGAUUGGGGAAGUCGAGGACCUGGCGUUUGUAUCUGACAGGCAUGCAAGUAUUACACAUGCCUUGGAAACUAUUUUCCCCGAUGCCUAUCACGGUGCUUGCUACCACCACAUUAGUAUGAAUGCGGUUGCUAAAUUCAAGACUGGUCAUUGUCAUGUGUUGAUGUAUAAUGCGGCAUAUGCUUUUAGGAAAUCCGAGUUACGCGCUAACUUCGAAAAAAUCAAAUCAAAAGACCCAGUCAUUGCUCAAUACCUAGAAGGCAUGGGUUUUGAUAAGUGGUCAUGUGCUUACUUUCCUGGAAAUAGGUAUAAUAUAAUGACAAGCAAUUACGUUGAAAGUUUUAACAAUAAGACCCGGGACGCUAGGAGCUUUCCGAUAACUACAUUUGUCGAAUUUAUUCGCUUCACACUACAGUCCUGGUUCUGUGAUAGGAGAGAAACUAGCGAGAAGACAACUACAAAUCUUGCACCGACCUAUGAGAAAAAUUUGGUGGAUAUGGCUGAGAAAGCUCGAUUCUUGAUUCCUUAUGCAAUAGGGAGGCAUGAGUUCCAUGUGUUAGAUGGGAGCUGA